GGCUCAUGCUAAAGCCAAUCUUGGCCUGGAAAUUGUCUGACUCAGCCUCCUCCAUAGUCGUACCCACGGUUUCAGGACCGUGGUCAGCUCCCCGGAUGGUCAUAUCAGCCAUGAAUAAUUUAUGGAAAUUUACCAAUUUCUCUGUUUGCGAACGUGUUGGACUAGUUGUGUUUAAAACCCCGUAGGAUUCUCUGAUCUCUGAAUAUAUUGUUUUUCCCACUUCUUUUCUUUCAUUUAUUUUUUUUACAUUUUUUGCUCAAGUCAACAUGAGGAAGUGCAAUGAGGCUCAAUAUACCUGCGAUUUUUUGUGUGCUUGUAAAAUAACUUAAGCUACGCAGCGUUCUUCUUUAAUAAGAAAUCUUAUGGUGAAAUUUUGCUGCAUUCGGUGACUGAAGGACUGAAUUAAAUGUAAUCAAAUCAUUACAGUGCGGUCCACAAUCGUCGCUUUAGAACGUGAUGAUCUCACGAUACAAACCGAGUCCCGGCUCCACCAUGUCCUUGGCGUUCUGUGGGAACGAGAACAACUCGUUUGCCUACAACGUGGACGGCGGCGUUCUCAACAAUGGCUGCUUCCUGGACGCGCUCAAUGUGGUGCCACACAUCUUCCUGCUCUUCAUCACCUUCCCCAUCCUCUUCAUUGGCUGGGGCAGCCAGAGCUCCAAGGUGCACAUCCACCAUAGCACCUGGCUCCACUUUCCCGGUCACAACCUGCGCUGGCUCCUUACCUUCAUUCUCCUCUUUGUUCUGGUCUGCGAGAUCGCUGAGGGCAUCGUCUCCGAUGGGUUCACAGUGUCCCUCCACCUCCAUCUAUACAUGCCAGCUGGCCUAGCCUUCAUGGCUGGCAUUACCUCCAUCAUCUACUACCACAACAUCGAGACCUCCAACUUCCCUAAGCUACUGCUUGCUCUGCUCUUCUACUGGGUGUUGGCCUUUCUGAUGAAGACCAUCAAGUUCGCCAAGUACACAGAGGAAGGCAUCAGCCUGAGGCAGCUUCGCUACUGCAUCACGGGGCUUCUGGCCUUGCUCUACGGAUUACUGCUUGCUGUGGAGAUCAACGUUAUACUGGGCAGGCGCUAUAUAUGUUUCAGCGAGGCCACAGAGGUGAAACCCCCAGAGGAUCUCCAGGACCUGGGAGUGAGGUUCCUGCAGCCCUUCGUCAACCUGCUGUCCAAGGCUACCUACUGGUGGAUGAACACCUUCAUCACGGCAGCCCACCGCCGGCCCAUCGACCUCAAGGUCAUCGGCAAGUUGCCCAUCGCCAUGCGAGCCUUGACCAACUACCUGAAGCUCCGGAGGGCUUUUGAGAGUCAGAGGGUAAAGAGGCCCCUGGGCUCCAUGCCUCAGGGGCCUAAGUGGAUCUGGAGGGCCCUACGGCUGGCAUUUGGACGGCCUCUUAUCAUCAGCAUCACCUUCCGUUUCCUGGCUGACCUCCUGGGAUUUGCUGGGCCCCUCUGCAUUUCCGGCAUCGUCCAUCACAUCAGCAAGGACAACCUCACCAUACAGCCUCCGAUAAAGCUGCUGGGCGUCUACUUCAUCUCAUCUCAAGAGUUUUUGGAGAAUGCUUAUGUUUUGGCCGUGCUGCUGUUCUUCGCCCUGAUACUGCAGAGAACCUUCCUCCAGGCUUCGUAUUAUGUGGCCAUCGAGACAGGCAUCAACCUACGAGGCGCUAUACAGACUAAGAUCUACAACAAGAUAAUGCGUCUGUGCACCUCCAACAUGUCCAUGGGGGAGCUGACAGUCGGACAAAUCUGCAACCUGGUCGCCAUAGAUACAAACCAGCUCAUGUGGUUCUUCUUUCUCUGUCCCAACUUAUGGGCCAUGCCAGUCCAGAUCAUUGUGGGGGUGAUUCUUCUCUACUACCUCCUGGGGAUCAGUGCCUUAAUCGGGGCCACGGUCAUUGCCUUGCUGGCCCCUGUCCAGUACUUCGUGGCCACCAAGCUGUCUCAAGCACAGAAGAGCACUUUGGAAUACUCCAGUGAGAGGUUGAAGAAGACCAAUGAACUGCUGCGUGGCAUCAAGCUGCUGAAGCUGUAUGCCUGGGAACACAUCUUCUGUCAGAGUGUGGAGGAGACCAGGGGCAAGGAGCUGACCAGCCUGCAGGCCUUCGCCCUCUAUACAUCAAUUUCUAUAUUCAUGAAUGCAGCCAUCCCCAUCGCAGCUGUGCUGACUACGUUUGUGGUCCACGUGCACAUCUCUGAGGAUGCUGACCUUUCACCCGCUGUGGCCUUCGCUUCCUUGUCCCUGUUCCAUAUUCUGGUCACCCCCCUGUUUCUGCUGUCCAGUGUGGUUCGAUCUACAGUCAAGGCUCUGGUCAGUGCUCAGAAGUUAAGUGAGUUCUUCAGUACUGAGGAGAUUGGGGAUGAGCAGGAGCCUCAGCUUACCAUAACGCCUGGACCCAGCAACCACCACAAAUACCAGGCUGUGCCCCUGAAGGUGGUGAACAGGAAGCGACACCCCAGGGAGGAAUGGAACAACUAUGGCCAUGAAGAGGGCACCCUGCCGCCCCAAGAGGGGGACCAGGACCUCUGCAUCAGGAUCACCAACGGCUAUUUCACCUGGACGGAUGGACAUCCCACUCUGUCCAACGUUGACAUCAGAGUUCCCUUUGGUCAGCUGACCAUGAUUGUAGGCCAGGUUGGUUGUGGGAAGUCGUCCCUGCUGCUGGCCGCUCUGGGAGAGAUGCAGAGAGUGUCUGGGAUGGUCAACUGGAAUAGUUUACCCAGCCUGGACUCAGAGGGAGAUGAGAGCCCGACAUCAGACAAAGAUGCAGCUGGUGAUGGAGAUAUCCAGAAGAGAGGCUCUGUGGCCUACGCUUCCCAGAAGCCCUGGCUGCUCAAUGCAACGAUGGUGGAGAACAUAACCUUUGAGAUGCCCAUGAUAAAAACCAGGUACAAGGCUGUCAUUGAGGCCUGUUCCCUGCAGCCAGAUAUUGAUAUCCUGCCACAAGGAGACCAGACGGAGAUUGGAGAGAGGGGCAUCAUUCUGUCUGGAGGGCAGCGACAGCGUAUAGGUGUAGCCAGAGCCCUGUACCAACAAACCAAUGUGGUUUUUCUGGACGACCCGUUCUCAGCACUGGACAUCCACCUGAGUGACCACCUGAUGCAGGAGGGCAUCCUGAAACUACUGAGAGAAGAGAAAAGAACUGUGGUGCUGGUCACACACAAACUACAGUACCUACCACAUGCUGACUGGAUCAUAGCGAUGAAGGAUGGGACCAUUCAGACCGAGGGGACUCUAAAAGACAUCCAAAACUCAGAACCUGAGCUGUUUGACCAGUGGAAGACCCUGAUGCAUCGCCAGGAUGGAGAGUUUGAGAAGGAGACAGUGGCUGAAAGCAUGACUGUGUUGGAGCGGAAGAACCUGCGGAGGGCCAUGUACUCCAAGGAAGCCACUAAAACUGAAAUGGAGGAUGAAGGUGGCUUCCCGGUGUGGACUUGUGAGAUAUUCCAAUCGCAGAGUCCUGCUGCUAUUUUAGCCGAAGCAGAAGAGUCCGUGGACAGUGAUGAGGACGACAACCUAUCCCAAGCCAUGCGUCAGCGAGCCACCAUCCCCUGGCGCUCCUGUUGGGUCUACCUGUCCUCCGCCGGGCUCCUCCUCCUGCCGCUUCUCCUCCUGUCACAGCUGGUCAAGCACUCCCUCAUGGUUGCCAUCGACUACUGGCUGGCCCACUGGACCGCCCACGUCAUCACUGCCAAGACUGUGGCCGCCGGGAGGAACUGCACCGCCACUCAGGAGUGUGGGUUCGGUCAUUCCUGGUACCUGUCGGUGUUCAGUGUACUCUGCUGUUUGGGCAUCGCUCUGUGUCUGGUCACCUCGGUGGCUGUAGAGUGGACCGGUCUGAGAGUGGCUAAAGAAUUACACCACAGCCUGCUCAGCAAGAUCAUACUGGCCCCAAUGAGGCUGUUUGAGACCACUCCUCUGGGCAGCAUCCUCAACCGGUUCUCCUCUGACACCAACACCAUUGAUCAGCACAUCCCCGCCACCCUGGAGUGUUUGACUCGAUCGACCCUGCUGUGUGUGUCGGCCCUGGGGGUCAUCUCCUACGUGACCCCGGUGUUCCUAAUUGCCCUGGUGCCCUUAGCCAUCGCCUGCUACUUCAUACAGAAGUACUUCCGGGUCGCCUCCAGGGACCUUCAGCAGUUGGAGGAUAGCACUCAGCUCCCCCUCCUGUCCCACUUCUCAGAGACGGUCGAGGGUCUCACCACCAUCCGGGCUUUCAGGUACGAGCCCAGGUUCAGACAGAGACUACUGCAGUACACUGACGCCAACAACAUCGCCUCCCUCUUCCUCACAGCGGCCAAUCGCUGGCUAGAGGUCCGCAUGGAUUACAUAGGAGCCUGUGUGGUGCUGAUAGCAGCGGUGGCCUCCAUCACCAACUCCCUACACAACAAACUCUCCCCUGGACUGGUGGGACUGGGACUCACCUACGCCCUCAUGGUGUCCAACUACCUGAACUGGAUGGUUCGUAACCUGGCAGACAUGGAGGUUCAGCUGGGUUCAGUCAAGAGGAUCAACGGUCUGCUGAAGACUGAACCAGAGAACUAUGAGGGACUGCUUACUGCCUCGCAGGUACCAGAAGGCUGGCCACAGCAGGGAGAGAUCCAGAUUCAAAACCUCAGUGUUCGUUACGAUACCACCCUGAAACCUGUCCUCAAACAAGUCAACGCACACAUCAGUCCUGGUCAGAAGGUGGGGGUCUGUGGCAGGACAGGAAGUGGCAAGUCUUCCUUCUCCCUGGCUUUCUUCCGUAUGGUCGACAUGUUCGAGGGACGCAUUAUUAUAGAUAACAUUGACAUCGCCAAGCUGCCUCUUCAGACCCUGAGAUCCCGGUUCUCCAUCAUCCUGCAGGACCCAUUCUUAUUCAGUGGAACGAUCCGGUUUAACCUGGACCCGGAGAUGAAGGCUACAGAUGAUAUGCUUUGGGAGGCUCUGGAGAUAGCUCAGCUCAAACCCGUGGUGAAGGCACUACCAGGAGGACUGGACGCCAUGGUGACAGAGGGAGGGGAGAACUUCAGCCAAGGCCAGCGGCAGCUCUUCUGCCUGGCCAGAGCCUUUGUCAGGAAGUCCAGCAUUCUCAUCAUGGACGAAGCCACAGCCUCCAUUGACAUGGCCACGGAGAGCAUUCUGCAGAAGGUGGUGAUGACAGCUUUCGCUGACCGAACAGUGGUUACAAUAGCACAUCGCGUCCACACCAUCCUAAAUGCAGACCUGGUGAUUGUAAUGAAGAGAGGGGUCAUCCUGGAGUACGACAGACCCCAGGCGCUACUGGAGAAAGAGGACAGUGUCUUUGCCUCCUUCGUCAAGGCAGACAAGUGACCAAGGAGGAACACAGAAGGACAUUUAGAAGUGCAAUUGUACCAUGGACUAUAUUACUAGUUUAUUUUGUAAUCCUGUAUAUUUGUACAUACAAUGUUAAUUAUUUGUUAAUAA